AGACGGAGUAGUGUAUCAGGCUAUCAGCAACUGUACGUGGCUCGUUCGCUUGAGUACUUGAAUAGAAACCCUAAUACUCCUUGGGUAGAGUGGAUUCGUCCUUCACAAGAAUGGAGGCCAUGUGGAUGAGGCGAGUGCCAGUGGGUUUGAAACCUUCAAUCCCCUUCUCUGCUCUUAUUCUUCCCAUCCCCUUCCCUCAUCUGAAACCACUCCUCUCUCUCCAUCAUCGCUCGCUCUCAAUUACCGCUUCUUCUUCUACGAUUCCAGUUUAUUCAACUUAUCAUCAUCAUCCUUCCUCCACUGCCGACGAGAAUGGGAAUCCAAUCAAGGGCUCAAAGGUGCUUCUCAAAGGAAUGAGAUAUUUUGAACUUCAAAAUUGGGUUCAAUCACAUGGGUACAGGCCCGGGCAGGCGUUAAUGCUAUGGAAGCGGCUUUACGGAAACAACAUUUGGGCACAUUGUAUCGAUGAAUUAGAAGGUUUGAACAAAGAUUUCAAGAGCAUGUUGAGUGAACAUGCUGAAUUCAAGGCAUUGACCUUGAAAGACAGUAUCAAAGCCUCUGAUGGAACUAGGAAGAUUUUAUUCACGUUGGAUGAUGGGCUAGUGAUAGAAACAGUCAUAAUACCUUGUGAUAGGGGCAGGAACACUGUGUGUGUUUCAAGUCAAGUGGGUUGUGCCAUGAAUUGUCAGUUCUGCUAUACUGGCAGGAUGGGACUAACGAGACACCUAACUGCAGCCGAGAUAGUAGAACAGGCUGUAUAUGCCCGACGUCUGUUCUCAAGUGAAGUCGGUUCCAUUACGAAUGUUGUAUUUAUGGGGAUGGGCGAACCAUUUCAUAACAUCGAAAGUGUCAUAAAAGCUGCAGACAUAAUGGUGCAUGAUCAAGGCCUUCAUUUCAGUCCUCGCAAAGUUACUGUUUCAACCAGUGGGCUCGUUCCUCAGCUGAAACGUUUCCUCCGUGAAUCUAAUUGUGCUUUAGCAGUUAGCUUGAAUGCGACAACCGAUGAGGUAAGAAACUGGGUAAUGCCAAUUAACCGGAAGUAUAACUUAAGCUUGCUUCUUCAAACCCUUCGAGAAGAACUUCGCUCCAAACGUAACUACAAAGUUCUAUUUGAAUAUGUGAUGCUUGCAGGAGUUAACGACAGCCAUGAGGAUGCAAGGAGGCUCAUUGAUCUUGUUCAGGGCAUUCCUUGCAAGGUCAAUCUUAUAUCGUUUAAUCCCCAUUGCGGAUCCCAGUUUAAACCAACCAGUGAAGAGAAGAUAAUUGAGUUCCGAAAUAUUCUGGCGGAAGCAGGGUGUAUUGUUUUCUUGCGACCCAGUAGAGGGGAUGACCAAAUGGCUGCCUGUGGUCAACUUGGGAAGCCUGGCCAAGUCCAGGCUCCCUUGCUUCGGGUGCCUGCUAAAUUCCAGUCUGCCCUGACCUAAUUUAUAAGCAUCUAGAAUUGAAUUUGAUGGCUGCUGUUCUGACUCGGUAGAGGACCUCAUCCGGGGAUGAAAUCUGAUUCCAUUUAAAAAAUUUAUAUUUCAGUACUGUGAUGGAUAAUGUGUCAGUGUGAGAUUAUUUCACAUUCCCAAUGAGCAAAAGGUGUUGGUUUUUUUCUCUGCAA